CCCCGAGUCCUCCUCUCCUCUCCCCUCCCGAUUCGCCCCGUCUCCUUCCCUGCCUCCCCAUCCUGCGCCAAAACCCUAACCCUAGCUGCUGCUCAUGGCGACGCAGCCGCCUUCCUCCGCUGCGGCCGCUGACCUCUACGAGACCGCCUCGCAGCCGGACCCCUCCGCCUCCGCCGCCGGGGACGCGUACACCUUCCUCGAGUUCAACACGCAGGGCGACGACUUCGAGUACCCCGACUUCCCGGAGCUCUCCCAGCCCGCCCGAUCCGCGCCGCCGCCUCCGGCCCCCGUCACCUCCUCACCAUCCUCGUCCUGGCCGGCGCCGCCUCCGCCGCCCGACGCCUCGCCCGACCCCGAUCUCGCGCCGCAGGACUCCACCCCACCGGCCUCGUCCUCCUCGCCCUCGCCCCGCUCGUCCGCGUCCAAGGCACGGGCGUCAGCGGCGGACGGGCUCGCCGCGGGGGUCGCCUCCCUCAGCUUCGAGGAGCCUCCCGGUGCAGGAGCAGGGGAGGACGGCUACGACUACGGCAAGGGCGACUUCGUGGAGCACGCCUGCCGCUACUGCGGGAUCCACAACCCCGCAUGUGUCGCCCGCUGCAACGUGCCGUCCUGCCGCAAGUGGUUCUGCAACUCGAGGGGGAACACCUCUGGCUCCCACAUCGUUAACCACCUGGUUAGAGCAAAACAUAAGGAAGUUUGCCUUCACAAGGAUAGCCCUCUGGGUGAAACAAUCCUUGAAUGCUACAAUUGUGGCUGUCGGAAUGUAUUCCUUCUUGGUUUUAUAUCAGCAAAGGCAGAGAAUGUUGUUGUUCUUCUGUGCAGAGAGCCCUGUUUGAAUGUUAAUGCAUUGAAGGAUAUGAACUGGGAUCUCAGUCAGUGGUGUCCUCUUAUUGACGACAGGUGUUUCUUAUCAUGGCUUGUCAAGGUUCCCUCAGAACAGGAGCAGCUGAGAGCCCGUCAAAUUAGUGCCCAGCAAAUUAACAAAGUAGAAGAGCUCUGGAAAACAAAUCCUGAUGCUUCUCUUGAAGAUCUUGAAAAGCCUGGUGUUGAUGAUGAACCUCAGCCAGUGGUUUUGAAGUAUGAAGAUGCUUACCAGUAUCAAAAUGUCUUUGCUCCGCUGAUAAAGCUUGAGGCUGACUAUGACAAGAUGAUGAAGGAGUCACAGAGCAAGGACAGUCUAACUGUGCGGUGGGACGUUGGAUUGAACAAGAAGCGUGUUGCAUAUUUUGUCUUUCCAAAGGAAGAUAAUGAAUUGAGACUUGUCCCUGGAGAUGAGCUGCGUCUGAGAUAUUCUGGUGGUACUUCACACCCUGCAUGGCAAUCUGUGGGGCACGUGAUUAAACUCACUGCACAAGAGGAGGUAGCACUGGAGCUUCGUGCUAGUCAGGGUGUUCCUGUUGAAUUGAACCAUGGAUUCAGUGUGGAUUUUGUUUGGAAGAGUACUAGCUUUGAUAGGAUGCAAGGGGCAAUGAAGACUUUUGCUGUAGAUGAGACAAGUGUCAGUGGAUACAUAUACCACCAUCUUUUGGGCCACGAAGUUGAGCAUCAGAUAAUACGUAAUACACUGCCAAAACGCUUUGGUGCACCUGGACUUCCAGAACUAAAUGCUUCCCAGGUCUUGGCAGUUAAAAGUGUUCUUCAGAAGCCCGUUAGUUUGAUUCAAGGCCCACCUGGCACUGGGAAAACUGUUACAUCAGCUGCAAUCGUGUACCACAUGGCAAAACAAGGUCAAGGACAGGUCCUUGUAUGUGCACCAAGUAAUGUUGCUGUUGAUCAGUUGGCAGAGAAGAUAAGCUCAACAGGUCUCAAGGUUGUUAGGCUCUGUGCGAAAUCUAGAGAAGCUGUUUCAUCACCUGUUGAGCAUCUGACACUUCAUUAUCAGGUUCGGCAUCUCGAUAAUUCUGAAAAGAGCGAAAUGCAUAAGCUACAGCAACUGAAAGAUGAACAAGGGGAAUUAUCGAGCAGUGAUGAGAAAAAGUACAAGGCACUAAAACGAGCCACUGAAAGAGAGAUAUUACAAAGUGCUGAUGUGAUUUGCUGCACUUGUGUUGGUGCUGGAGACCCUCGUUUGUCAAACUUCCGUUUUCGCCAGGUUCUUAUCGAUGAGUCUACACAGGCAACAGAGCCGGAAUGUCUUAUUCCGUUGGUUCUUGGUGUCAAGCAGGUUGUUCUUGUUGGAGAUCAUUGCCAAUUGGGUCCUGUCAUCAUGUGCAAAAAGGCAGCACGAGCAGGAUUAGCACAAUCUCUCUUUGAGCGCCUUGUUAUCCUUGGAGUCAAGCCAUUCAGGCUACAGGUCCAAUAUAGAAUGCACCCUUGUCUUUCAGAAUUUCCGUCCAACUGUUUCUAUGAAGGCACACUGCAAAAUGGAGUAACUAUAAAUGAAAGGCAAACAACUGGAAUUGAUUUUCCUUGGCCUGUUCCAAAUCGACCCAUGUUCUUCUAUGUGCAGAUGGGAGUAGAAGAGAUAAGUGCUAGUGGGACAUCUUACCUCAAUAGAACUGAAGCUGCAAAUGUAGAGAAAAUUGUGACUACAUUCUUAAGAAGUGGUGUUGUGCCAAGCCAGAUUGGAGUUAUCACACCUUAUGAAGGGCAAAGGGCGUAUAUUGUAAAUUAUAUGUCAAGGAAUGGCUCUCUCCGCCAACAGCUUUAUAAGGAAAUUGAGGUGGCAAGUGUCGACUCCUUUCAGGGAAGAGAAAAAGAUUACAUUAUUCUGUCCUGUGUUAGAAGCAAUGAACACCAGGGUAUUGGGUUUCUCAAUGAUCCACGCAGGUUAAAUGUUGCAUUAACUCGUGCUCGGUAUGGUAUAGUCGUUCUUGGGAAUCCGAAAGUUCUAAGCAAGCAACCUCUUUGGAAUAGCUUGUUGACACAUUACAAGGAGCAUGAGUGCUUGGUAGAGGGACCUUUGAACAACUUGAAGCAGAGUAUGGUGCAAUUUCAAAAACCCAAAAAGAUCUACAAUGAUCGGAGACUGUUCCUGGGUGGUGGUCAAGGUGUCAUGCAUGGAUCUACCUUCGGCGCAGCAGGCUCAGUAGAUAAGAGAAGUGGUAGGGGAAAAGGUCACCCGUUUGUUCCAUUUGGGCCGCCAAAUGGUGCUCACAAGCCUGGUGUGCACCCAUCAGGCUAUCCUUUACCCCGUAUGCCAUUUCCUCCAUUUCCUGGGUCUCCUCAUUCUCAACCCUAUGCAAUUCCUACCCGGGGAUCCCUGCAUGGAGCCAUUGGAGCUGUUCCAGCGGUGCCUCAACCUGGUAGCAGAAACUUUGGGGCUCCUCGUGCAAAUACUGCUGGCCCUAUUGGUGGGCACCUUCCUCCUCAUCAACAGAACUCUCAGCAAGCUAUGGGGCCAACUUAUAACUAUCCUGGCUUGGAGAACCCGAGCAGUCAGCCUUCUGGUGGAGGCCCGAUGUCCCAACCUGGACUGAUGACACAGAUGCCUGUUCAAGGUCUCAGUCAAACGUUCCGCGAUGGAUUUACCGUUGGUGGAAUGUCUCAGGACUUCUUUGGAGAUGAUUUUAAGAGUCAAGGAUCUCACGUGGCAUACAACAUUGCAGAUUUUUCUACUCAGGCUUCUCAAGGUGGUUAUGGUGUUGAAUAUACACAAGGGCCCCAAUCUGGAUAUCCUGGGAAUUAUUUGAACCAAAGUGCGCAUCCAGGAUACCCACAUAUGGGUGCAACAAAUGAUAUUGUAUCUCAGGAUCACAUGGCCCAUGGUUCACAUGGAAUGUUUACACAAGCGGGAUACAAUGACCCAUCACAAGACGAGUCUUCUCAGAUGCAUUAUGGGAUGGGUGCUCCUGGCCAUCUUCAGUCGCAGAGCAUGAUGAAUCCUAUGUACUCUCAGUCUUAUGCUCACUAUAACACACAACCCCAGUCCCUGCAGCCUCCUCCACAGUGAUCAGGAAAGCUUGUCACAUAUGGCUGAAACAGGGUUAAAUUUUGGAAGUUUCAUGAAUUGCAUCCCCUUGGCUCAUGGCAGCUUGGUUAUGCCUUUCUGCUGUACAAUGCAGAAGUGUUGGUGCAUAGUUAUCAGUUGCAAGCAAAGUGGACAAGCAUAUUUUGGUGCACUACAUAUCAGAUGUUUAUUGGGUCAGGCCUGUACGAGAUGGCUGUGGCUACCGAUCAUACACCAUUGGUAAGGAACUCAAGGAUUGCGACACAUCUCCUUGUCGUGGUAGUUCUCAAUGGGGAUUA